AUGGCUCCCGGAAACAAAAAGCAAACUGCUGCGAGCACUGCCAGCGCUGCCAGCGCGGCCAGCAUCGCCAGCACUGGUGCGAACGGAUCUUCGGCAAAGCUCCAGGCACGCACGUGGAAGGUUGACAUCAACUUCGGAGCAGUGAAUUCCAGCGCAGCCCUUUCGAAUCAUGCUGUGAAGCUGCGGGGCAAGAAAGACAAUGCCACUGAGAAGGAGCCUGAGGAUACGCUGAAUCAGAACUUGAAGCGACUGGGGUUGGAGAACCAAGUCAUCAACGAGUGCCUGCAGCGUGUGGCCGACCUCCAGGAGCUCCAGCAAGAGCUGGCCACUGCGAGGGCGGUAGGGAAUGCGGUCGGGAGCAUUGGGAAUGCGGUCGGGAGCAAGGGAAUGCGGAGCAUUGGGAAUGCGGUCGGGAGCACAGGGAAUGCGGUCGGGAGCAUUGGGAAUGCGGCCCUGCGAGGCCUUGCCAUUCCACAGGCAUCCGACGAACACGCGUCCAAAGCUGCACAGCGAGCAAAGUCUGCAGCCGCUCCGCGGCAAGGAGACACCUCGGGUGCCUACGACGUGCCCCGGUACCUCGAACACCCUGUUUUCGAACAACUGCCACGCGACAAGGCCAACCAAGACAUCGUGGGCAGCGUCCAGGCAUCUCAUCUUCUGGAAUAUGUGUUGAUUCCGUGGAACCAGGGCUGGUUCAAAGCGGCCCAGACUCGCGACUUCGACCGGCAGGAGACCCUCUUCAGGGAGUUCCUGGGCGGUGCCAACCCCACUCGCCGCCUUGGGACCGCCAAGGUCGGCAGUGGGCCGAGCCGUGUGGAAGACCUCCCAUGGUGGCGCUACAACCGUGCCCUGGCACUCUGGUACUGCGAGUGGCUGGAUACCUACUACGACAGUGGGGAUGGCGCCUUCUUCUGGCGCGACGAGCUCACGCAGGCCUUCGGGGAUGCGGACAUGGCGGAGGUGAAGGAGGCCGCCGAGAGGAUGCGGCUGGAGCUGCCUCGUGAAGGCCCCGAUGCCGGCGUGCUGGAGGAUCAGGAGCUCCCGGAGGAUCUCGGCAACGGCUGCGAAGAGACCGCGCCCAGUGCAAGGUCUUCGGCCGCAGAGGCCACUCCGCCGGCGGAGGAUGGUGACUGGCAUGUUGCGGCCUUGGCGAACAUGUCGGAAGACGAGGAGCUCUGGACGGACGCGGGCCAAGGCAACUUCACGCAUUGGGCUGCCGAGGUGGGUCGAAUGUUCCUGUGGUCAGAGACGGCGGGUGUACUUUACGAGUACCUGCCUGGACAGAGCAGCGGCAGCUCCGCCUCAACGCCGCCUCGGUACGAGGCCCUGUGGGCGGCACAGGGCCCUCUGGCGAUUCUCAGCCACCGAGACGAUCCACAGAGCGCGCGGCUCGUGGACGAUCAUCGCGGUUUGCUUCUGGGGAGUGCGGCUUCCAACGACGGGGCGGCAGCUGGCGAGGUGUUUCCCGAUGCUGAGAUCCUGGUAGAUGGCCAGAGAGCUGACGCAGAGCAAAGCAACCUGGUUGCGAUUCGGCCCACACUGAAAGCUGCAUCGGGUUCUCUGCUGCUGAAGCAUGGGAGCCUGCUGCGGCUGGGCGCACUGGCCGAGCUGCGGGUGGACCUACCCGAGACGCCCGACUCCGUUCGCCCAGGCAAGGCAAGAGCCUUGAGCAUGGACGCUGCAUCUAAUGGCCGUGUGAGUGAUUAUGUGCUCUCGGGGUGGCAGGUGUUGGAGAAGGGCUUCGUGGCCCGUCAUGAGGAGGAGCUUCCAAGCGAGGUGUCAAGAUCCGAUGGAACCACAGAGCUGCCUCCACCAGCGCUCUCCGGCUCAGCGCGAGCCCGGGAGCUGAAUCGCGCCUUGCGCCGCCGCUGGGACUGGGACUCACCGAAAGAGUCGCCUUCAGGGACCAUCACCGCCAUGAUCCCCAUCACCACCACACCACCGCCGCACCAUCACACCGCCACCGCACCUUCAGUCGCGCUCAUCAUCAUCCUCUCGUGA